UGGGCCCACGAUGUCAGCGCAGCACCGUCAUCGUCUUCUCCACGAUGCUCCUCUCCACAGUCUCCUUCCUCCUCACCUCCGCCCGCCUCCCUGCCGCCGCGCUCUCCGGAAACCCUAGGCAGGCGCACCGCCUCCUGCUCCUCUCCGUGCUCCCGUCCUCGUCCCCGCUCCGCGCCUUCUGCCCGGCGGCCUCCCGCCCUUCGCCCGCCACCUGCUCCGCCUACUCCUCCUCCUCCCACGCCGCCUCCGCCAUGGCGGAGCAAGCCGACAACCCGCUCCUCGCCGACUUCGACUUCCCGCCCUUCGACCGCGUCGACCCCAGCCACGUCCGCCCCGGGAUCCGCGCGCUCCUCUCCCGCCUCGAGGGCGAGCUGGAGGAGCUGGAGAAGGGCGUGGAGCCGGCGUGGGGGAAGCUUGUCGACCCGCUCGAGCGCAUCGUCGACAGGCUCGACGUCAUCUGGGGCAUGGUCGACCACCUCAAGGCCGUCAAGGACUCCGCCGACCUCCGUGCCGCCGUCGAAGACGUCCAGCCCGAGAAAGUCAAGUUCGAACUAAGGCUGGGGCAGAGCAAGCCUAUAUAUGAAGCUUUCAAUGCCAUAAGGAAUUCUUCGGCCUGGGACAGCCUCAGUGAUGCUCGCAAGCGUGUCGUAGAAGGCCAAAUAAAGGAUGCUGUUCUUGGUGGAGUUGCACUUGAGGAUGAACAGAGGGAGAAAUUUAAUCAAAUCCAACAAGAGCUUGAGAAGUUGACAGAGAAGUUCAGUGAGAACGUGCUGGAUGCAACAAAGAAAUUUGAGAAAUUAAUUACUGAUAAAAAGGAAAUCGAUGGUUUACCUGCUACAGCCCUCGGCUUAGCAGCACAGACUGCUGUGUCAAAGGGUCAUGAAAAUGCUUCAGCUGAAAAUGGACCUUGGGUCAUAACAUUGGAUGCACCAAGCUAUAUGGCUGUUAUGCAACAUGCUAAGAACAGAGCUCUUCGUGAAGAAGUUUAUCGUGCCUAUCUAACCCGUGCCUCAAGUGGUGAUCUUGAUAACACCAAUAUCAUAAGUCAAAUUCUAAAGUUGAGGCUAGAGAAAGCUAAACUACUUGGCUACAAGAACUAUGCUGAGGUAAGCAUGGCUCGGAAAAUGGCAACUGUUGAUAGAGUGCAAGAGCUUCUUGAGAAAAUUCGUGCUGCUUCCUGGGAUAAUGCAGUUCAAGACAUGGAAGAUCUAAAGGUCUUUGUGAAAGAUUCUGGUUCUGCAGAAGCCAAUGAUCUGACACACUGGGACCUUAGCUUCUGGAGUGAGCGACUGCGAGAAUCUAAAUACGAUAUUGAUGAGGAAGGACUGCGUCCUUACUUCGCACUACCAAAGGUUAUGGAUGGCCUGUUCAGUCUUGCAAAUAAGCUCUUUGGUAUAAGCGUUGAGCCAGCAGAUGGAUUGGCUCCGGUUUGGAACAGUGACGUCAAAUUUUAUUGUGUCAAAGAUUCUUCCAAUAGCCCUGUCGCUUACUUUUACUUUGAUCCAUAUUCAAGACCAUCUGAAAAACGUGGUGGGGCUUGGAUGAAUGUGGUUUUUUCUCGUAGUCGCGUGCUAGCUCGCAAUGGAUCGCCUGUCAGGCUGCCUAUUGCCCAUAUGGUGUGUAACCAGAUGCCUCCAGUUGGUGAUAAGCCCAGUCUUAUGACCUUCCGCGAGGUUGAAACCGUGUUCCACGAAUUUGGUCAUGCACUGCAGCAUAUGCUUACCAGACAAGAUGAAGCCUUUGUUGCUGGUAUCCGUGGGAUAGAAUGGGAUGCCGUAGAGUUACCCUCUCAGUUCAUGGAAAACUGGUGCUAUCACAAGGAUACUCUUUUGAGCAUUGCAAAGCAUUAUGAAACCGGUGAACUUCUUCCGGAGGAAAUCUAUGCCAAGCUUGUGGCUGCAAAGAAUUUCCGUGCUGGCACCUUCAGUCUGCGUCAGAUACGUUUCGCAAGUGUAGAUAUGGAGCUGCAUACAACUUAUGAUCCCAGUGGACCAGUAUCCGUAUAUGACGUUGACCGAAAAGUUGCCGAACGAACCCAAGUUCUUGCUCCUCUGCCGGAGGACAGAUUCCUGUGUGGAUUUAGCCACAUAUUUGCAGGUGGCUAUGCAGCUGGGUACUACAGCUACAAGUGGGCUGAAGUACUUUCAGCCGAUGCAUUCUCAGCAUUUGAAGAUGUGGGCCUCGAUAAUGAGAAGGCCAUUGAGGAAACUGGCAGACGAUUCAGAGAAACAGUUCUUGCACUUGGAGGUGGAAAAUCUCCGCUCGAGGUUUUUGUUUCGUUCCGAGGACGGGAGCCUUCGCCUGAAGCACUGCUCAGGCACAACGGCCUGCUCCCUGUUGCUGCGUAGCGUGGGCAGUCAUUCGUUUAUUUUUCAUUUGCUACACCGUGGAUCAUUUGUAGGAGUUUCUGUGUGAUGCCAAUGAGACAGUACAACAGUUCCAACUAGUUAAUUCGAUCAAUAAUAAUAUCGUUAUAUCACCAUGCCGGUGUUCCUAUUUCGUUUCAACAAAGAUGUGUUCCAGUA